GCCUUAAUAACUUCACUAUUUUAGCUCACUUUCCUUCUUCCCUCCAUUUUCCAACCCUUCAUUUUCUCUCUCCUCUUUCACCUCCCUAAUCAAAAUCAAAAGUAAUAUAAAAAAAAAAAAAUCAAAACUUGCUCAACUUUAGGUUUCAUUUCAUCCUAAAAAUCUUUAAAAAUGUCAGAAAAAGACCCAGAUUUCUCCUCCCACAAGCACCCUUCUUCUUUCCAGGUUAUAGAAGAAUUGAAGGAAUUAUGGGGGAUGGCAUUCCCAAUAACAGCAAUGAACUGCUUAGUAUACAUAAGAGCAGUAGUUUCAGUCCUCUUCUUAGGAAGAUUAGGAAGUUUAGAGCUUGCAGGUGGGGCCCUCUCAAUAGGGUUCACCAACAUAACAGGGUACUCUGUUUUAGUGGGUUUAGCAUCCGGGCUUGAGCCCGUUUGUUCACAAGCCUACGGGUCACAAAACUGGGACCUACUCUCACUCUCUCUCCACCGUAUGAUCUUCAUCCUCUUCCUUGCAAUCAUACCCAUCAGUUUCCUCUGGAUCAAUCUUGGGCCCAUCAUGAUCUUUUUAGGCCAAGAUCAAGAAGUUACAGCAAUGGCUGCCAUGUACUGUAUCUUCUCCCUCCCUGAUUUGUUAACCAACACUUUCUUACAACCUUUGAGGGUUUAUCUAAGGUCACAGCAGGUGACAAAACCCAUGAUGUGGUGCACUCUAUUGGCUGUGAUCUUCCACGUGCCAUUGAACUAUUGGUUGGUGAUGGUUUUGGGGUGGGGGGUAAAAGGGGUGGCUGUUUCUUCUGUGGUGACAAACUUGAACAUGGCUGUUAUGUUGGGGGGUUAUGUCUGUUUUAAGGAGAAAAAACAGAAUCAGAAUCAGAUGAUGAAGAUGAUGAAAUGGUGGAAUUGGGGUUUGAAAGGUGUUGGGGUUGAAGGGUUGAAGCCAUUGUUGAGAUUGGCAAUACCAAGUUGUCUUGGGAUUUGUUUAGAAUGGUGGUGGUAUGAAAUUGUGACAAUACUUUCAGGGUAUUUGCCUAAUCCUAAAGUUGCUGUUGCUGCUACUGGGAUUAUGAUUCAGACUACAAGUCUUAUGUAUACGGUUCCUAUGGCCUUGGCUGGUUGUGUUUCUGCUAGGGUUGGGAAUGAGCUAGGAGCAGGAAGACCAUACAAAGCAAGGCUAGCAGCAAUGGUAGCAUUAGGGUGUGCCUUUCUAAUUGGUAUCAUGAAUGUUAUAUGGACAGUAAUUUUCAGAGAAAGUUGGGGUAAACUCUUCACACCUGACAACAGUGUUACAUUCCUGGUUGCUUCAGUCAUGCCCAUAAUGGGACUAUGUGAGCUAGGAAACUGUCCACAAACUACAGGCUGUGGCAUCCUACGUGGCACGGCCCGGCCCGCUGUGGGGGCCCGAAUCAACCUAGGCUCUUUCUACUUUGUGGGGACCCCUGUUGCUGUCGGGUUGGCUUUCGGGCUUAAAGUUGGGUUCAGCGGGCUUUGGUAUGGGCUUUUGGCCGCGCAGGCGGCGUGUGCAGUGUGGGUUCUGCAUGCUGUGUUGGGAUCAACUGAUUGGGAAGGUGAGGCUUUGAAGGCUAUGAAAUGCUGUGAAGGAGCUGAGAUGAGCAAAUCUUGUAAUAAUAAUCAUAAUAAUAGUGAGAAAACAGGGUUUUUGGAUUGUCAGAAAUUAGAGGGUAAUAAUAACAAAAUCAACAAUAAUUUGUGAUUUUGAAUGUCAAGAAAAUAGAAAUAAAAAUCAAGGAAGGUGGAUAAGAUGGAUUUUGUGGGGGAAGAAAUGAUUGAAUCCAACAUGUUGGUUGUUUGUAAGAGGAGAUCUGAUGAUAUUGUAAUUUGUAGGGUUAAUCUCUAAUUUUGAUGUGGCCCAAUCCACAGAAGAGUCUCUUUGAAGCUAUCUGUGGUAGAGAAUCUGAUGAUAUUGUAACCUGUCGGGCCGGACCCGAAAAAUUUGCCCAAACACGUAAAUUUUUGGGUCGGGCCUCUAAUCAUCUCGCGUUAUCUUAUCCUAACGCGAAGUCUUAAUCUGUUAAGAUGUUGUCUACAUUUAUCGCUAAACUUUGUAAUAUUUCGAUGUCUCUUAUUCUAAUAACAAUGUGAUCAUACUCUAAUUUUGAGGUUUAGAGAAGUAAAUAUUUUCUUUGCGUUUACCUUUUUA